CUUCCUUUGCAGCAGCAUUCACGCGCCCUUCGCCAUGCUCCAGCGUCUUGCGCGCGCGUCCCCGUCCACGCCCUGGAUCUGUUCACCAUGUCUGCUGCUGCAGACGCGGCGCCGGUUCCUGAACCAUGCCGCCGUGGCGACUGCCACUGCACGCGACCCAGUACCACCGCCAUAUGCUGCGUCCAGGCUCUACGGUCUCGGGACCCAACAUGCGCAGAAGGAUGACGACACCCUGCGCAACAUGUUCGACAGCGCCGACUUCUGGGCCUCCUUCUUGCACCGCUCCAAGAAGCAGCCGCCUACGGGCAUCGUAGGCAAUCGCUACCUGACGCAUCCGGACGGCUUUCUCGAUUUCGUCACUGUCACACUGCAGCGAUGCGAGGCCGUCGUGCAGAAAGUGUCGGCCGCCAAUGCAAUCCAUGAAUAUAAGUCCAUGGUCAAAGAUCUGGACAGGCUGAGCGAUCUGCUCUGUCGCGUCAUCGAUCUGGCCGAUUUCGUGAGAGGUACCCAUCCCGACCGGAACACCCAAGAAGCAGCCUCAAAAGCAUACUCGAUCAUGUUCCAAUACAUGAACCAGCUUAAUACGACAACCAUCCUAAACGAUCAGCUGAAGAAGGCGGCGGCCAUUCCAGACGUCUAUGCCAGCUGGUCCGAGCAAGAGAAGGUCGUGGCGAAGAUACUCAUGGAGGAUUUCUCAAGGAGCGCCAUUGAACUCCCCGUAGGUGCUAGGCAGAAGUUUGUGGACUUGAGCAAUGAGAUUGCCCACGAGGGGUCUGAGUUUGUCGAUCGCAUGGGCCCGGAGAUGCAAUAUGUGAAGUUUGAUAGCAAGAGAAUGAAGGGAUUGGAGCCGAAUAUGGUGCGAGCGCUGACGAAUUGGGGCGAGACGAGGAUCCAUACCAUGCACAACGAGGCCCAGAUGGCGUUAAGAUAUGUGGAUGAUGCAGAUGUGCGAAGAGAUAUUUAUAUGGCUGUGCGAACAGCGAAUAAGCAGAGUAUUACCAGGUUGGAAACAAUAUUGAAGAGUCGGGCGGAGCUGGCAAAGCUCUCUGGCUACGAUACAUUUGCGCACUUGACGCUAGAGAACAAGAUGGCAAAAUCUCCCGAGGCAGUUAACCAGUUUCUGAACGCAUUAAUCGAGGACACCCGCCACCAGGUCAACGAAGAGCUCCAGGAAUUGAUGGAGCUCAAGAAGGCCGAUGCUAGAAGAGACAACUUCCCUGACAGGAUUAACGCUUGGGACAAAUUCUAUUACACUCACAAACUCAUCCAGAAUAUGGACCACAAGCUCCGCUCUCCCGACUUUCUUUCCGCAUAUUUCUCCGUCGGAACGGUCAUGCAAGGGCUCUCCCGGCUCUUCGAUCGCUUGUACGGUAUUCGUCUUGUGCCACGAGAGACACAACCUGGCGAAGUGUGGGAUGAUGGUGUCCGCCGGCUCGACGUUGUCUCCGACACUCACGGCCACAUCGCAGUUCUUUAUUGCGAUCUCUUCUCUCGCGAUGGCAAAACGCCGAAUCCUGCCCAUUUCACUCUACGCUGCUCCCGUGAGAUCUCCGAAUCUGAAAUCGCAGAAGUCGCAACUUCUCCACACCCUUUCUCCUCCGCUGUAGAAGCUGCAACAGACGGCAUGGCGGUGUCCUUCAACAAAGAAACGAAUAGCUACUAUCAACUUCCUACAAUAGCUUUAAUCUGCGACUUCCCCACACACUACUACCCCCGACCUACUUUGUUGAAUUUCAAUGAUGUCCGCACCCUAUUCCACGAGAUGGGUCACGGACUGCACUCUUUCCUUGGCCGCACACCUCUCCAAAAUGUCUCCGGAACGCGCUGCGCUACGGAUUUUGCGGAACUCCCUUCUGUUCUCAUGGAGCAUUUUGCUUCCUGUCCCAGUGUUCUAGCUCUCUAUGCCCGACACUGGGAUACAGACACCCCAUUACCCAUGUCUGCACUUGAACAGCGCCUGGCCAUCGAUGUGCGGACCCAGCCCGCAGAAACAGAAGCACAGAUUCUGCUCGCGAUGCUAGACCAAGCAUACCACUCCUCGCUCCCUCUCAGUUCCAACUUCAACUCCACACAAACCUACCACGACGUUUACAACGCAUUCGCAUCUAUCCCCGAACCGGCCGGCACGGCCUGGCAAGGCUUCUUCGGGCACCUUUUCGGCUACGGCGCUACGUAUUACUCCUACCUGUUCGACCGAGCUAUUGCGGGCAAAAUAUGGAGCGAUGUAUUCCAGAAGGCAGGUAAAGAAGGGAGUGUAGACAGGCGGAAUGGAGAGAGGUACAUGAAUGAGGUGUUGAGGUGGGGCGGGGGUAGAGAUGGCUGGAAGUGUAUUGCAGGGGUACUUGGAGAUGAGAAGUUGAAGUAUGGUGGGGAGGAGGCUAUGAAGGAGAUCGGGAGGUGGGGGGUUAGGUAGCUGGGGCUUGGAUAGAUUCUACAGGAUACGGGAGGUAUGGGCUCCGGGUCUAGGUAUAGGGGUUCGAGAAUAGACGCUUGGGAAUUAUUCUUUGGGUUGCAUUUCACGGCGUUUAUGGUUCUACCCUACAAGCGGUUAGAUAGGGACCUAAAGGAGUACUUCGUCGUUUUACACUACUAGAAGUUUCGGUCAAAGAAAUUAGACUUGGGAUAUGGCAACACACGAGGGACAUGGGCUAGACUAGACAGGUUUUCCAAACCCC